GUAUCGUGAGGAGAACCGCCGAUAAUGUUCGAAGCUCAUAUUUUGUUUCGUGCCGUUGAAGGUUAACGCAAGCAAUUAAAUUGUGAAUAUCAAAAUAGUUUCUGUUUUUUUUUGUGAUUUUAGUGUCAAAAUGAGUCGAUGUAUUGUAAAACAAUGUGUAUACAACAAAACUAAAGUAUGCCGACGUGAUAAAAGAAGUAUUCAUUUGUUUACUUUUCCAAUGGUCAAUGAAAGACGGGAGUCCUGGAGAUUCGCUUUAAACAUAAACAGUGAAGACGUAUUUAAAUAUUUACGUGUGUGUCAUCUACAUUUUAACGAUGAUGCCUUUGAUUACGAAAAAUCUCCGUUUUCUCUAUCUCUGAAAAAGAAUGCCAUACCAUCUGAGCGAGUUGCUUUAGCGGAUAUUCAAUGUUCUGUACCUGAUAUAAGACAACCAUCCAUCAGUACUUAUGGAUCUAUCAGUUAUUAUGAAGAACGAAAUAGAGAACUACCAUCAACUGUACAAAAAACACCUCUGACUUCACCUACCAUAAAAAAUAAUUCAGCUGUUACACCUAGAAAAUUAAAGUUAAGGAAACAAUUAAGAAGAGCUAGAAAAACAAUUAAAACUCUUAGAGUCUCCCUUAAUCGUUAUAAGAAAAAAGUUGCAGUUUUAGAAGAUAUUAUUAAGUCCUUAAAAGGAAAAGUUGCAGAUGAAACUUUAGAAACUUUAGCUGUAAUAGGACCAAAUAACGAAUUUUUACACAGACAACUGUUUACUAAAGGAAAAUAUGGUAGUGAACUGAAAACCUUCGCUUUAACAUGACAUUUUU